AUGUUUCCCACGCGCGCCCUGCUGGGGCGAUCAGCCCGAACAUCGUCCCGUACGUCCACCCGACACCAAGAUCCCCAUCUCACCUUCAACGCUUCGAUCCAGACACACCAGAGACAACAAACUAACCACCGAAUGCUGAAUACUAGGCUCCCUCUCCCGCGCACCCUACCCCCACCACCAAACACGCCCCCAAUCCGCACGCAGAAGCGCGGCGCAACCAUCCUGCCCAACUUCGUGGGCAUCCGCUUCGCCGUGCACAAUGGCAAGACGUACCAAGAAGUUCUGAUUACGGAGGAGAUGGUUGGGCGGAAGCUGGGUGAAUAUGUUGCGACCCGGAAACGCUUUACGUACAAGCAGUCCAAGAACAAAUAG